GGCUGGCUGCUGUCAGGAGGGAUGGAUAAAACUCGCUUUUUGACCUUCAUAAACUCCACAGUAGCCCCAGAGAGCCACCGUGCUCCGUAGAUCGGCCCAUCAGCGGCUCAACGGCAACGAGAAAAGCCCGCGAAAGUAACUCUGUAGCGAAGACGUUUCGCUGACAGGAUGGCUCCGAGGAAAGUGGCUGCAAAGAAGCGGAGAAACGAGGAGACGGAAGCUGGCGAGGAGAGGGGAGACCUGCGAAGGAGGACCGGUGCGAGCAGCAAAUACAUUGGAGCUCAUGUUCCUAUUCAAGGGGGAAUCUGGAAAGCCGUGGAGUCCAGCGUAGAGAUGGGCGGCACCAGUUUUGCUCUCUUCCUGGGCUCUCAGCGGUCCUGGAAGAGGCCUGCGCUGGACCAGCACGCUGCAGAAAAGUUUCAGGAGCAAUGUUGCCUGCAUGGAUUUGACCCGGCUCACAUCCUGCCUCAUGGCUCCUACCUGAUGAACUGCGGAUCUCCUAAAGACGACGUGUUUGAAAAGAGCCAAGCCCUGCUGGUGGACGAGCUCAGCCGCUGCAGCCUCCUGGGCCUCAACCUCUACAACUUCCACCCUGGCUCCUCCCUGGGCACCAUCUCCACUGAGCAAUGUGUGGACAAGAUAGCAGGCGCUAUUAACCACGCCCACCAGCAAACACCUGCAGUGGUCACAGUGUUGGAGAACAUGAGCGGCCAGGGCAGCACAGUGGGGGGGAAGUUCUCAGAGCUGAGGAGCAUCGUGGACAGAGUGAGGGACCAGACGAGAGUGGGAGUCUGUCUGGAUACCUGUCACGCCUUUGCAGCCGGUUAUGACCUGGCUGCAGAGGGAGGAGUGACGGCCAUGCUCGACCAGUUUGAUCGGGAAGUCGGGCUUCGCUACCUGAAAGCCGUUCACCUCAACGAUUCCAAAGGCAAGCUGGGCUGUAACCUCGAUCGACAUGAAGAUAUCGGUAAAGGGAACAUUGGAAUCUCAGCGUUUCGGGACAUCGUCAACGAGCCGAGACUGGACAACAUCCCUCUGAUACUGGAGACGCCCGGACGGCCUGGAUUUGAGUAUGCUGAGCAAAUAGAGCUUCUUUAUUCCCUGUGGGAGAAAAAAUGAAGCAUCAUCUGAACUAUGGAGCACAGAGAGGAGAGUUAUUAAAGUUUUAAAGAAAUGGUUAUUUUUUUUGUAUUUCAAUAAACAAAUUAAAUAAACGA